GCGACGCGGGUUUGUCAGCAGAGCCCGGGCGGGCGGCGGCGGCGGCGGCUGUUGGCGUGCGCGAGCGAGCGGCAGCGGAGCGAGCGGCGGGCCGCGCCCGGCCAUGAGGCACGAAGCGCCUAUGCAGAUGGCAUCUGCUCAAGAUUCCAAAUAUGUCCAGAAAGAUACAUCUGAUCAGAACUUUGAUUACAUGUUCAAACUGCUCAUUAUCGGCAACAGCAGUGUUGGGAAAACCUCCUUUCUGUUCCGAUAUGCUGAUGAUUCCUUUACGUCUGCAUUUGUAAGCACGGUUGGGAUUGAUUUCAAAGUAAAAACGGUUUUCAAAAAUGAAAAAAGAAUUAAGCUACAGAUUUGGGACACAGCAGGUCAGGAGAGAUACAGAACAAUCACCACAGCUUACUACCGGGGUGCAAUGGGCUUCAUUUUAAUGUAUGACAUCACGAAUGAAGAGUCUUUCAAUGCUGUGCAGGAUUGGUCAACUCAAAUCAAAACAUACUCUUGGGAUAAUGCCCAGGUUAUUCUGGUCGGUAACAAAUGUGACAUGGAGGAUGAACGGGUAAUCUUCACUGAGAGAGGGAAACAUUUAGCAGAGCAACUUGGAUUUGAAUUUUUUGAAACAAGUGCCAAGGACAACAUUAACGUCAAGCAGACAUUUGAGCGACUCGUGGAUAUCAUCUGUGACAAAAUGUCAGAAAGUCUGGAGAUGGAUCCCACCAUUGCUGCCAGCAAGCAGAACACACGGCUAAAGGACACCCCUCCUCCACAGCAGCCCAACUGCGGCUGUUAAUGCCGCUAUCAGCAAAGGCAGCUCCAGUGCGUUCUGUUGCCAACAGAGUAUUUAUGAAUGGUCUAUAUGCCUUUAUUUAUACUGUCUUAUAAAUUUAUUUGGGAGAAAAGUCUUUUAUUUUACAUCAGCAUCUGGUUGAGUAUGUGUAUGGAGAUGGAGAGGUUAUUAGUUUGAAAGGACGAUCCAUUUAGCAUCUGGCUUUUGCAUGCAGGACGGCUAUUAGUUUCUCUUUUUACUGUUUUACAUUACACUUACUUCAGCUGGUGCCAUGUCCUCGGACCACAUUUGCCUCGAAUUGACUCUUGCUUCAUCAGUUUCAAAUUAUAUAGUUGAAUCCUUAGGGUAGUGGCCAAGGUGUUUUGAAUAAGCUUCCUGGUGCCACUUACAUUUUCUCAUGACUGAAAAUCAAUUUAGAAAUAUUCCUCUGGUGAGCCAAUCCCUCAUUCUGUCCAGAUCAUUUGUAUAAGGGACACUUCCUGGAGUGUAUUGCUUUGGCAAGUCUACGCUUAUUAUGUUACACAUCAUGGCUGAUGGGAAAUUGCAGAAGUUAGAAAGAAGUUUGCUCCUGGACCCAAAGCCACCAAACUUCCCUUUGAGUUUCCAGCUGGAUGUGAUAUUCAGUAGAGAACCUCAGAGAUAUUAGGUACUUCAUCCUAUUUGGAUAGCUAUUAUGUCUACAUUUCCAUGGGAGCUGCAUGUCUAUCUAGUACCUUUCUGAAACUGGACAUAAUUUCUCAUUCCAUCAUUACAGAGAUCCCAGUAGUACCUACCCCAGUAGUGGAGGGCUGGCUAGCUCUUCCCAUUUCUACUUGCAUGAGAUAUUAAACACACAGUUCUAUAUUACCCCUCAGAGACCCAAAUCCAUUACACUCGCUUGUUCAUAGCCAAAAAUUGUCUUGUCAUCUUGCUGUCAAACCUGCAUACUUAAGUUUUCAGGAAUUUCAUCACCCAUUUAGUCACUGAGACAACCAUCACCACAGUGGCUACGAAUGCCUGUAUUUUACUCGGACCUAUUGCAGAAGUGCUGCUGGUGUCAGUGAACUGGAGUUUGACCUAAUUUUUACUUUGAUGAGGAUAUCUAUUUUGACAAGGCAAUCAGAAUUUCACAAGAUUUUUAAAAACUUUAGGAGUGAUAAAAAGUUAUCAACAUUUCUAGAGUUAGGCUGAAUAGGAUCAGCAAAAGGCUGUGAAGAUAGCAGAAUAAAGUAUACAAAUGCUUUUUUUUUAAUAAAGUGUUAAAUAUAGUCACAUUUCACAGUUUUUAAAAGUACUCCUGUAGUAAUUGGUGGCAGUUUCUUACAUCUGUGCCCUGGAGUACUUUGUACAACUGCUUUCCUUGCAUCACAGUGACAUUUUUUAACUAACCAGCAUAACUGAAGAAGCGUUAACUCUUUUAUUUUUCCAAUUAGAAAAAAUUCAGGACAAGGCUGACAUUUCUUAAACUGUCUGCAAUGAGAAAAAUCAGAACACAAAUUAAAAAAAGAAAGUAACACAAGGUACCGCGAACUGCUCACAACUACAAAGAAAUCCCUCUGCACACAUUAUUUUUUUGAAGGUAAUUUAUAUAACUCCUGAAAAA